AUGGUCACCUUUAACGCCCUCCUAGUGCGAGAGAACUGGUUCACGGAGAGCCCGGCUGUCGUUCAUUAUCAAGGCGCAGGUCGAAGGAUCCCCAAAUCCAGAAGGAUCAUGAGUAGUAGCAAGGAAGGGGGACCACCCAAAAGGCGGGAGUCUCGCUCGGGGACGCGAAAGGUCGCCUCGCUCUCUGCCGAACAGUUGGAGCGAAAGCGGGCCAAUGAUCGAGAGGCUCAACGGUCUAUCCGCCAGCGAACAAAGGAGCAUAUCGAGCAGCUCGAGCAACAAGUCGCCAUGCUUCAGGCUCAGGUGAACGAAAUGCGGCCGCGGAACGAACAGUUCGAUGAUCUUGUUCGACAGAAUACCGCUCUGCAAGAGGAGAUCGCCCGGUUAAAGCACCAACUAGCCAACUAUACCAGUCGACAGGGUUUCGCAGGCAGUGGUGAACAGGCUGGUCUGUUUCGCAGUGGAUGGCAUUUGGGCGAAGGGCCAAGUACUGCAACACCUAAUAUUCCCACGACAAACACGGUGCUUUCAUCAAACUUCCCUGCGCCGACUCAUCCCUUGGCGAAUGUCCCACGAGCGCCAUCCGAAUUGUCGGCCUCGAGGCGAUCAUCCCACCCCCAUGAAUGGCAGCAGUCAUACUCGAGCACACGAUCGUCAUCGCUGGGCGAGUCGUCGGACCCAGAAUAUUCCGCUCGCAUGGACCCAUAUGCGAUGGAGGGACAAUUGCACCAAGUUUCACGGAUGGUGGGACCCUCUCUACCUCUGGCAACACCUCAGAUGAGCUUUGGAAGCGCUGCCAGCCCGGCUCAAUCAGGAUCAGCGUCAUCAUUCUCUCAGAUGUAUCCCGUGGGACAACAUCCACCUUCAGGGCAGCGAGGGGACGGAAUGCAGCCCGUUCCCCAGUCAUCGAUGAAUCAACCUGCGGCCGGAUACAUGCCUAGCCAUCGAUCAAUUUCUAUUCCCAUGCCUAGCGCCAGUGCUCCAGCUCAGUCGACUCCAGGCCAGCCGUAUCAGCCAUCGAGUGCCCUAUACCAAAACCAUCCAGGCCAGCCUCCACAAAGAGAUCCGUCGUAUCAAUACCCAUGGAACCCGCCAUCAUGA